UUUAGCAUGAGGGAUAUUUCCCUCACAGUUGCAGUAAAUUUGUGUAAGAUUCUACUCAUUGUCGUGUUACUUUUAGGCGCCCUUAUCCCGAGGGCCAUGCCACAAGAUGAAGAAGCAAUUAUGAUCUCGACUUUCCGGUUUCGAAGCAGGACUGAUCCCCAAGAAGUGUGUACAGCAUAUCGAGUUCGAGAUCGGCUGUUUGUUACUUUGGCUCACUGUCUAGGAGAAGAUCCGAAAGCAAUAAACCAACUAGCAACGUUAGAUAUUGUAGGACAAGGGCUGCAAGAGAUUCGAGCUUCCAUCCUGCGUGGACUCAACUCAAAUACCAGUGAAAGCAUUGCAGUAAUUGUAUACAAUGAUCCGCUGGAAAAUGAUGCUAUUUUCGACCAUAAAGGUAUUUUCGCAGCUUUCGGUUUGACUCCUGUGGAUCGCUUUGUACGAGAGGCCCCCACUAACGUGGAUGAUCAACUGUUGACGGAAGCCAGAGAAAUUUUCCAGGACCUAAUGCCAUACCGAACGAAACAAUUCGAACCCUUGUCGGAUGAGGCAGUGCGCAGUAUAUUAUUAUAUCUGUCCUCCGCAAGUGAGCAAGUGAGCAAAUAUUCCAGUGAAAACGACGCAUACGUGAGCAUUUGGUACGAUACGGAGGGAAACUAUUUACGUAGUUAUCUGCUUCCGAUCACCAAAUAUUGUUUCUACUCGGGGAAUGUUUCGUACGACUCUGUGCGUUCUGUGCUGACUUAUUUGGGGAUUGUCAAACAUUAUCUGGAUACAGAUGGAUCCUGGUGGCCGCGAGCAUCACUGAACAGUACAGAUCUUAAGACUACAAUCUUGCCACUCAACAGUACGGGGAAUCACACCGGAUGUAGCAACCUAAAAUUCGAUUUGGCGGAGGAUAUUCCCCUCCCCAUGAUGCAGUUGGACGAUGACUCGAAAGCAAUCAUUUCACUGUGGGUUCCACUGAAGCCAAAACAAGUGUACGAUCCCCGCUCAAAGUCUUCAUUGUCUAUUUUGCGAAUUUACUACGAAACGAUUCGCCAUUGCAUUUCAGCAUCAAAGCGAACUCGACAAUUGUUUUCAAGCCGUUUUGCGAGAUGGAUCGACAAAAAUUUGACAAAACAUUUGUUAGAUGACGAUGAGUUCUAUCCCGGAUUAGAGUCGGUUCUUCGAGUGAAGAAAACGCUGGAAAAGGAUAUUGCGGAAGAAACCAAUGCCACUGACUUAGAUAAACUGGGAAUCGACUCCAGGGGGUUCUUUGCGAAUCUUUUCGGCGAGAAUAAUAAUACGUCAUACGGGGAUUACGAGGACGAACAUUCAAUCUACCAAAAACGAAAGCUAAUUGUCAUGAUUGUGGCAUUGAUUGGAUUUAUCUUUGCUAUGUGUGUAGUAGUGGUUAUUAUAGUAAAAAUAAGACAAAACAUGAAGACUAUGAACCGGAAAGCUGGAAUGAGACGACGAAAUGCGAAGCAGUACAACAGACAAACGACUGACGAACCGGAAAGGGAAAUGCUCCCGAUGCCAACAUCGCGCCAAACCAAGAGAAAUUCUUCAAACAUUAAAGUUUGGAAGCCAUCAAACUCGAAGAAAACCUCGUCCAGCAUGAAACUUACAAAACGGGAACUCAUAUUCACGGAUUCCGACUCCGAGGAUACGGAAUUCGACGCGUUUUGUCCCAAAAGCAUGUCGGCAGAUCAAGUUCCAUUGAUCAAUAAGAACAAAAACCGUCGAAAUCGUUGUGGGGAGGGUUGUUUCUGUGUGAACUGCACGAAGAAGCGAGCUUUUCAGUCGAGCUCCGCAUACAAAUUGGUGAGCGAGGUAACCGAACAACCAGCAUCCGGCUCAGGUGCGAAUAAAACUGACGGAGAAAGGCGAGGGACGAUUUAGUUAGUAAGUCUUCGUAUACAGUCUUCAAUUGAGACCAUGCUGAAUAAAGACACAUUUUGAUUUUUUUUCA